AUGUCUUCUAACACGCAACACACCCCUCAGGGAAAGCGCAAGCGUGGUGAUGUGGCUGAGAAAGUCAUUCGUAAUCUGGAGCCAUACAAGAAGAGAGAGCUAAGUCCCUCAUCCUCACGGCUACGUGAUAACCUCUUUGAGAUGGCCAAUAAGUCCCUAGAAUCUGGUGAUACUGCUGACGAGAACAUGCUGGAGAGUGUCUUUGACUUCUUCGAGGUGAAGCAGGAGCAGGCUCGUGAAGCUGAAAAGCAACGCAAAGAGCUGUCGAACGAGAUCGUAAGCCUCGAAAAGCAGCUCAAAGACGCCAGAGAACAACUUGCGGAUAGCCAACAGAAGGAACAGAAGGCCAAGGCAGAGAUGUACGAGUUCGAACUUGUCCUUGGAUACGGCGAUUGGAUCCAAGGUCUUAUCAACAAAGUCAGGAACGGCAAUCAAAAAGUUGAAGAAGCCGAGAUAAAAGCUUUGAAGCAUGAGAACCAGAUGAGCAAAGAGAAAGCGACAGAACACGCAGAAUGGGCUGCUUUUAAAACCCAGGAUGCGACUAAACUUCGGGAACGAGUGGAGGCCGAGGAGCGUAAAGUUUACGCUUGGCGAGCUGGAAUCCGGGACGAAGAUACUGCACCUGCGACACCAUUUCUGGACCGUAUACAGAAACUCUGUGACGCAGAAGGGAUAACACGACCACAACUACUGGCAUGGAUAAAGGAAUAUUCCAAGAGGAACACACUCUGUCAUACAUCGCCGCCACAGAUCCAGGACUACCAAAAGACUACGAGGAAGGCCGGUAAGGAUGUGAAGGUGGAAAUCCGAGCUAUGGACCCGUUCAGGGCUUUCGAUUGGGCGAGGUAUAAAGAAGCCUUCAAUUUGAGCCGAAAUGAUAUUGGAGCAAGGUACGCAGCGGGGAAGAUCGACGAGAGGACACGAGAUUUCUAUCUGGAGGCCAUCAACGCAUACUGGGCAUUAUACUCAGUCUCGGAGGAUGAAGAUGGCAAACCCAUACCCACGAAAUAUGCAAAGGAUAAGGCAAGGUGGGUUUUUAACCACCAGGAAGGAUUGGAACCUAAGAAUCCACCAAAACGGUACAAGACAGGAAAAUGGGAUGAUAUUGAGGAAGAAGGGCUAGCAGCCAACGUGACCUAA